AUGACACGAGACCUGUUCGUCUACCUCGAGCCUCGCCCAGUCCACCCUCAACUUGGCCACAGGAACUACAUCACCCUCGACCUGUCCUUUAAACAUGGCCCCUACAUCCCCAACUUCUCGCCCAAAACCCUCCCGCGCGCCGCAACAAUUUUUCACAUCCUCCGUUCCUCCAUCCUCUCCUCCGCCAUCCAAGAAUACCUCAACUCCCCCAUCGCCAAGUCACCUCCCAGCGAUUUUCAGAACACCUGGCACCUUACCGCCGUACGCUACCGAGAUACAUCCGCUUAUGAUGUCAUUGGUGUUGGGAACAUUAUACACGUUCAGCGACUUGUAUGA